GUGUUCGCCGUAGGAUACGGUUUCCAGGUUCAACGAUCCACUCCACACGCACCCCUUCUUAGUCUGUCGGUCGCCAGAGCAAUGUUGCCGACGUUACCUCGCUCGAGCCGGAAGGAGUGACAAGCUGCGACAUUUCGCGUAUGGUGUCCCUUCAGCCGCGCAACAGCGGCUCCCCCAAGGUCGCUACGCGAUCGUCGUCGUCGGAUGGCGGCAAGCCGCGCUUUCUGUCGGCCGCCAUGUCCGCCGUCACGGAGCGCAACCGCUUCACGGAGAUCGUCUUCGCGGCGCUGCUGCUAUCCGCUUCGCUGCGCAUCUGGCUCGACCUGCGCCUCCACGCCCCGCGCGCCGCCUCCCUCCCCUGCCACACCGACGGCUCGCUUCAGCUGACCGACCAAUCGGUGUCAGCCACGUCAGCAUACCGCAACGACAGCGUCGUAGCGCUGCCCGGUCGCGCGUGGCGGCUGCCGGCGGGAGUAGCGCGGUCGUACGGCGGGCUGGGCGGCGGCAAGGUGGACCCGGCGCGCUUCCGCCUGCACGUGAAGGUGCUGGUCUUCGACCGCCCCGCGUACGCCCUGCGCUGCCUGCGCGCGCUGGCCGACGCGCUGUACGACGCGGAGCCCGUGUACCUCGACGUCUUCGUCGACCACCCCUUCGCGCUGCGCGCCGACGCCGCGCCCUGGUCGCCGCGCACCGCCAGACGCGUGGCGGCCUCCCAUUCGCUGAUGGCGCAGAUCGACGCGUUCGCGUGGCCGCACGGGCCGAAGCGCGUGAUGUACCGGUCGCAGAGCGCGGGGCUGCAGGGGCAGUGGGUGGAGGCGUGGUGGCCAGAGAGCCUUGCUGACGUGGCGCUGAUAGUGGAGGACCACGUGGUGGUGUCGCCCCUGUACUACCGGUACCUGAAGCGCCUGCUGGCGCGGUACUACUUCCGGCGCGGCGAGUUCGACCCGCACAUGCUGGGCGUCUCGCUGCAGCGCCAGUCCUUCGUGCCUGGCCUGGGCGGGGACCCCCUCCCCCCGCUGGCGCACAGCGCGCCGUUUCUCUACACCCUCACGGGCACGUGGGGGCAGGCGCUGCUGCCCGGCCCUUGGCAGCAGUUCCGCGUGUGGCUGGACGAGCGACGCUACAACGGCAGCCGGCAGCCGACUGUGGGGGGACUGAAGACCACGCAGUGGUUCAAAGAUAAGGGCAACCGGCGGUGGUCGCCGUGGGCCAUCAAGUGGGCGUACAGCCACGCCAUGCUCUCGCUCUACCCGCCGCUGCCCGCCAACCUCUCCCUCGCCUUCCCCCUCAAGCGCUCCGCAUCCCCCGCCGACGCCCCCCUCGUGCCCCUGCUGCCGGGGAUGGGCGCACCUGGAGGGAGGGCACAGCUGGGGGGCACGGGUGGAGGAGGCGGGGGCGGAGAGGAGGGGGGCGGGGAGGGGGGGGUGGAGGGCGCAGUGAGGGCGUGGGUGGAGGGGCGGCUGCCGCGCAUGGCGCAGGUGCGGCGCUUCGACCUGUGUGCGCGCCAGCUGAGGCACCUGCCCGUGGGGCGGUCGCUGGACGAUCUGCACUCGCUGCUGGCCGCCACGCACCAGGACAAGCGCGUCUCGCUGGUGGUGGUGCCGCGGGGAUCCAAGGACCUGCUCAACAACUGGCUCUGCCACCUGGACGGCAGCGGCCUGCGCUCAUUCGUCCUCAUCGUCCCCCAUGCCAGCCUGGCAGCUGAGCUGUCCGCACGUGGCCUCGCAGCCUUCCACCUGCCGCCAAUCAGCAGGCGCCAGGCGGCACAGGGGCUGGGGCAGCUGGCAGCGAGGGGAGGGUUGAAGGCAGUGAGGGAGAAGGAGGUGCAGGGGGGGAUGGAGGAAGGGGAGGAGGGGGAGGAGGUGGACGCUGGUGGAGCAGUGGAGGGGGAAGGGGGGGAGGAGGAGGAGGAGGAGGAGGAGGAGGAGGAGGGCAUGCAGAGGGGGGACGGGCGCAACUGGUGGACGGCGCGGCACAUAGAGGUGGUGGUGGCGGCGCUUUCGCAGGGCUUUGAUGUGUCCCUCAGCAACGUGGACGCCGUGUGGCGGGGCGACCCCAUGGCCACAGACGCCCAGGGGCUCAUCCCUGCUGACGUGGACAUGUGGGGCCACCUCAACACUGCUGAUGUGGCCUCCAGCUAUUUUGUGAUUCGCUCCCGUGCUGCUACAGUGUCAGCAUGGGGCCAGCUGGCAAAGCUGUGUGCGCAGGCGUCCAAAGGUGGAGCCAAGGGGGACAUGGACAGGGGGGAGGUGGGGUGUGGGGAGCCCGGGAGUGGCGUGCAGCAGAGGCAGAUGCGCGUGCUUCUGACUCAGGCAAUGCACUUCAAAGAGGUGCCCUCCAUACCCUUCACACGCGACGGAGCCGUGCGAGUGCCCAAAGGCACACUGCUGCCGGCCUUGCUACCACCCCAAUCCCUGACCAAGGGUGGUAAGGUAAAAGCAAUGGACAGCAUUGGACUUUGGGUGAUUGAUGACUUUGACCUUGCCUGUAAGGCUGUGACAUGCAAAAGGAGGUUGUAUACUGCUGGUUCUGAUUAAUACGAGUGUAUUCUAGAUUGGAAGUAUUAAAUU